UUUUGCCGUUGGCAACAGUGAGAGCUGACAAAGACGUCGUGUCGUCAAAAAGGAAGAGUUGGAAGCUGCUGUUUAUGCCAAAUCGCCCGGCGCGAUGAAUACAUAUCACUCGUCAGGAAAUGAGGAAGCGAGCAAUUUUGCUCAGAUGGAUUUGAGCGGCAAACUAAUUAUAAAGGCGCAGCUGGGCGACGACAUACGCCGCAUUCCAAUCCACAACGAAGACAUCACGUACGACGAGCUAAUACUGAUGAUGCAGCGAGUGUUCCGAGGCAAGCUUUCCAGUAACGACGAGGUCACGGUGAAGUACAAGGAUGAAGAUGGUGACCUUAUUACCAUUUUUGACAGCUCAGACUUGUCUUUUGCCAUUCAGUGCAGCCGGAUACUGAAGCUAACAAUAUUCGUGAACCAGCAACCAGUUCCAUUGGAGCCAGACGAAAUUAAGCACCUCAGGAAAGAGCUGCAGGAAAUUAGGAAUGUUGUAAACCGCCUGCUGGACAGAUUCGAGCCCCGUCACUUUGUCUCCAACAGUUCAGAGCCAGAAGACAGUGCGGGAACUGCUCAACUGAAAGCCGCAAAUGCUGUCGCACCAAAGGAGUUUGACCCACUUGCUUCCAAACAGGCGGCUGGUGAUGAGCCUGGUGCACAGAUGAAACCCAAAGGUGAAAAUGGCCGGGUCGGCACUCCAGACAGCAUCUCUAGCCUGGAUUCAGCCGCAGCCACUCAGCAGAAGCUCCAUCUGCAGCAGCAGCAACAUCAGCAGCAACAACAUCAGCAGCAGCAGCAGCAACAAGUGCAUCUUCAGCAGCAGCAGCAUCAUCAGUACCCUCAGCAUCCCGGUCAUCCUGGAGUUGCAUACAUGGGACCGCCGGGGGCACAGCAGCCUUACACACCUCAAGGGCAUCCACCUCCGCAGCAGCAGCAGCCACAUCCACAGCCUCCCACACAACAGCAGCCGCAGGUUCCCCCUGGAGGCUACGCAGGCGCACCAUUGCCGACGGCCAGGCCUGGUCCUACGCCAACUCCUGGGAUGCCCGGCCAGCCUCCCCAAGGGCCGUACGGUCAGCCUGUAUACCCCCAGACUUCGGUUGCACAGAGCAUGCCUCACGGUCAGCAGUUCCCACCGGGCGCCACCCCGACCGGGAUACAGGGACCGCCACAGCAGGGUGCUCCCCAGGGUAUUCCCCAGGGCCCACCACCACAGCCCGGGCAACCGCAGCCUCCAUACGGUGGUGCCCCGCCCGUGUCGCAGGCCUACCCUGGUUAUCCGCCCCACUCUGUGCCCUCUUCUCAAGCUGGCGCCUACCACUCAAACCCAAGCCCAACUCCAACCAGUGCCGGCAAUCCCUACGCCAGGGGAGGGUCCCUCCCCACUUCCUAUCCCCGGCCAGCACCGGCCUAUCCUCAGGGGUACCAGUAACAUGGAGCCAAGUGAUGGCUACAGUUUUUCUCCUCGCUCUCUCUGUUUCUUCUUGUAAGUUGAGCAAGAAGGAGUCUGGAGAGUUGUGGUAGCCACCAAAGGAGCGAAUCUUGCCCCCCACCUGUACUGAUGGAGUGGUAGGUGGAAGCGCUGGCAAAAUGGAAGUUCUUUUCUUACUCCAUGCGCAGAUCAAUUUGUGGACCACUAGUUUGAAUCUAAGGCACUUCUACCGCAGAAUUUGUAAAGCAACCACAGAUGCAAGAUCGCGUGCGUAGAGAGAAGUGUGGCCUAGAAUGCAGAGGCCACUAAAUGUUAUCGUACGGGAAGAUCACUUUUGCAAUUUGCUAUUUUUUUUUCCUAGAAAAAACAUUUUCUUUCUUGAGGCAGUUCAGCGCGAGAUUGAGCACAUUGAAACACUCAGGUGUAUGGAGCUCAGAACGAGAGCAGAUUGUCCUGGCCCUUAUGAUUUUCUAUUUGAAUGCACAGAUGAGGAAAUGUAAAGCUUUUGUAAGGGAAGUGUAUGGCUGCUGUGCUAAAUGUAAUAAUUUGUAGUUACAACCAACCCUGCGCACUGUUGUGUUGUAAAGACAGGAAGCUGAUUUGCGUAGGGGAAUAUGAACUGAAGAUCAAGGCUUUCGACAUUUCAAAGAUCAAAGGCUUUCCAGCGUGGUGCUUUUAUGUAUUCGAGUAUUUGUGCAAUGCAUGAAGAGAGAUGGAGACCUCUGCUUAGGAGAUUUUCAUAGUCGAAUUUAUUUAAUUUGCGAUAAUGUCGGGCUCUACUUUUGGCAGCACCAUUGCGUCUGAUGUAAACAGUGCACACACACAUUUAAUACUUCAGUAGUCGCCUUAAUGUCAAGAGGCCGCCUUAUUGCAUGGCCAUGCUGGCUAAAUGUAGUCCAUGGCAUUUACCAUACUCGGCGCAUGCAAAACAAUGAACUCGGGCUUGGAGUGUAUUGCUGUGCAGCUCUUCGUUGAGCAAUGUUUGUCUUUCGUGAUCUUUGUGUUUCGCUAAGUUUUUUUACUGUACUAUUUGAUGCAAGCCACUAAAGAACUUGCUCUUACCAUACUAUUGUUUCUUUACAUUGUGCUUGUUGCUGGUCAUUAGUUUUGGCAUUCAGAAGAAUCAAGACCAAUAUGUAUGUAUAUCUGGUUUGCCAAGUGUCUUACUUGCUGCGAGAAAAAGGUACACAUUAGAAAUUCAGUUCCUGCAUCUAGGAGGUGCUGGCAUGUAUGUCGUGGCUAAAGUUCCAGUGCCUGUUUGUGCUGCUAUUUUUCAUAUUUUGCUAGCCGUUGCUGCAGAUUGCAGUAAUAAACCAUCUGUAAAAAAAAAAAAAAAAAAUCCCAGAAUUUGGCAUCACAAAUACUGGUAUGGAAUGCUUGGGGCAUAGCUUUGGUGUAGCAUUCUUGUUGUUUGUUUUUGGGCUAACUUCAGUGGGGUUUUAGUCAUGAUGAUGCAGAAAUAUAAAAAGUGAAAAUAGGUUUUUCUAAUGAGCCGAUCAGUGUUGUGCCCACAACUUUUGCGAACGCACACCCAAUGUGUAAUAUCGGGUAGCAGCAUUAAACGAAGGUAACUGUACAUUGAGUAGUAUUCUGUUCGCUGCAAAGCACACUUUGUAAUCCUACUUGCCAGCUAACUUGCAAUAACUGAGUUUCUGCUCAUAACUUAUCUUGCUUAUAGUCUUUCACAUUCCACAUGCUUGGCGUUUGUACAUAACUUGGUGACCACCAUUAGGUUUAUUAGGUUUAGCCUUGCGUAAUUUCUGUGCGCCAUUCCUUGUUCACAAUCAGCCAGCAAGUAGUGUUUGGGCAUUGAGGCAAGAGUUUGUUGCAACAACCAUGCCGGCGCUUAGCGGUACUGUGAUGGCUUCUGCGUGUACACAUUUUUAUGUGGAAUAAACAUGGACUACUAGAAA